GCCGCGCCGGCACGACGUAGGUACGUUCGGAUACUAGUGAUACCGGCACCGGAACUAAAUACUAGUGAAAUACUUUACAAAUACUCUAUUGUUGUUUAGUGAAGUUCGUGAAAAGGAGUACUUUAAGUGUCUGUGGAAAAAUGAACAUAAUAUGGUGCGUGGUGGGGUUGCUAGCAGUGCUCUGCUCUCCAGCCAGCGGCCACGGUCGCCUCACUGAGCCCCCCUCCCGCGCCUCCGCGUGGCGGUUCGGCUUCGACACCCCCCACAACUACAACGACCAUGAGCUGUACUGCGGCGGAUUCACCAGGCAGUGGAAGAAGAACGAGGGCAAGUGCGGCGUCUGCGGGGAUGCCUGGGACUCCCCCGUGCCCCGCGCCCACGAGCUCGGCGGACGCUUCGGGAAAGGCGUCAUCGUACGAAGAUACGCCCCUCAAGACCCCAUCACAAUCAAAGUCGAACUAACCGCAAAUCAUAACGGCUUCUUCGAAUUCAGAGUCUGCGAGGAACCCAAAGCCACCACCCAGGAAUGCUUAGACAAAAAUGUCCUAAAAAUCGACGGGAGAGAUGGCACCAAAUACUACCCGCGCGACGGAAAUAAAGUUUACGAGAUGAAAUACCGCUUGCCGGAGGGCCUGGAAUGCGCGCACUGCGUGUUGCAAUGGCGAUAUGUAGCCGGAAAUAACUGGGGUACCUGCGAAAACGGGACCGGGGCAGUGGGUUGCGGGCCGCAGGAGGAAUUCAGAGCUUGCGCGGACAUAGCUAUUGGAGAUCGCUUCGUGACUACUACAAGAAGGCCGAGGCCGAACUACGUCCCGCCUGGCAGACGGCCAACCGUGCCCGUGCCGGAAGAAAGCACGUCCAGCAGCGCGUGGUACGGCGUCGUUGUGGCUGUCGUCGCGCUGCUCGUCGCUGUGUCCGUCCUCGCCGGCUUCUACCUGUACUACUACAGAGGAGGCAUGAGAAUCAAAAGCUUCCUGAAGAAAACCCCUCCGCCCGCGCCUGUCCCGCCCCCACGACACAAGCGCUCCUCCCUUUCAAGAGAACACCCACCAGAACUGACUACGCCUAAAGUGGCCACGAUCUCCGACUCAGGCUUCGAGACAGUAGAUCUCAGAGCGAAGUAGACUUUAAAUUACUACCUAACACUGCCUUUAAUAGUGAUAAUUUAGUGUGCGUGACUGUGUGAAUAAGACUAUGGUUCAAAGUGAAUCUGUGAAGAAAUAAGAUUUUGAUACAAUUCUGAUCACUGUCGUGGUUUCCAUGUUUACGUGGAAAUCUGAUGAUUUUUACCGGUUUUAUUAAAACUUGACCAUAAAUACGCCAAUACGCCAUACGCCUAUUCCGUUUAGUUAUAAUUAUUCUCAGUUUGGGGCUUAAUUAAAGAUUGAGUCAUUUAAAAAUGCUAAUAAAAAAAUUACUAGGACACUCAAAAGUUGUCAUCUUUUGACAUGAAUAAUGUUUUCACUAUAAAACACGUAGAAGUUGAUGAAGUCAUAGUAAAUUUUGCCGUAUUUCUGGUCAAGUUAAACCGGUAACAGUAGUGCUCGGUUUUGGACUGACGCCAUGGCAAAGGCUUAUAAAAUCACUUGAGGCUAUCGAAAUAAAUACACAUGGCAAUGUGCCUAAGAUUAUUUUUUAAAUAGCAAUGUUCGUCCAUAAAAUGCCUAACCUUCUUACAGUAUUUAGUUUCGAUUUCUAUGAAUUCAAUGUGUAAAUGUUAAAUGAAGCAAUCGUCAACAGUUUGAACAACUAAGAAAAGAACAUUGAGUAGGUAAUAAUCCCUAAUCUGAACGGAAACUUUCUAAGUUGAAAAUUGCUUAAGAAUGUUCUCAUGAAAGUUUACAGAAAUUUUGAGAAUGCAGGUACUGCAACUUGCUCAUUGCUAAAUACACAUAUAUGCAACUUUAGCUAGUCGUUAUAAGAAACCAUUUAUAUUUAGUUAAAGUAACAAAAACAUAUUUAAAUUACAAGCUAUACAUGAUGACUAAGUUGCACCUUACGUAUGUAUAUGGUCCAAACAACUUUUAUUUAUUUUGCUCUUUUUAUUGAUCAACUCGUUUAGCUUAUUUCUUGUUAUGGUUGUAACUUAAGACAAUAACGUUCUUAUGCUCUAAGAAUUAGAGUCUAAAUUCAAUAAUCAAUAAGAACACAAUGACUAUACUAAAUGUUCAAGCGAGUAUAAGUAGUUUAAUAUAAAAACUGUGCCAACAGUGCCAGCUGACCUUAUAUAUAGAUCAAGUGUUUUUAAAGUCUGCGCCACGGAGGCUAAAGUACUUGAUGUUAAGUAAGUAGUUUUAAUUAGCUGACCUAAUCCAAUUUUUGUAAAUUAUAUUUAUGUUGUUAAAAUAAAUGAAUUUGGAUAU